AUGCGGGCGGAGUAUCGCCGGGUGAUCACACACAACUCAAAAUCGGGCAACAGCAGAACCACCUGCCCAUUUUUCGACCAACUACACAGAAUUCUGCGGGGGGAUGCUAGUGUGACGCCACUAAGAGUGGCAAGGAGUCUGCAAGUACAUCAGAACAAUGAUGCUCCACAGCCGGCAUCUUCCUUAAAUAAUUUCACAGACACAACAGCUGCGCCUGCACCUGUCCUUGCUGACUCCUCAAGGCCAAGUGGCAUCACAACGCUCAAUUUUAGUCACAUUGAUGACUUGGGAACAGAAACAUCUGCCAAUGAAGACCCUGCAGCGGUGCUGACAGGUGAAGGCGUGUGUGCACCUCAUACUGAAUCUGUGCAAGAGGGUGAGGCAGAACCGGAACACGAGGAUGAAGAGGAGGCGCGUACAAAUGUUGCGAUACACAGUCCGACAGCGACCCUGUCACCUGCUGUUUGUCUUGCUGAAAUCAGACGAAAGAAGCCAAAAGGUAGCAGAACAGAGUCCCUCCUAAUGGCAAUACUGCACGAGGCAAAAGAGGACGCCCGUAGGAGAGAAAUUGCUGCAGGAACUGAGCAUCGGGACUUCAUGGUGGUGAUGCGUGAAAAGAAUGAUCUUAUCCGUGAAAACAACGACCUUGUCCGUCAAAGCCUUUCCAGGAUGAAAGAGAGAGCGGAACAAAACAUGCAGGCCAGAGCGAUGUACUUUGACAGAAUCAAUGGAAUUGUUUCUUCCGUAAGUUCCAUAGCAUCCAGUCUGGAAUCAUUGACCCGCACUUACAGGGAGCAAAGCCACGCAUCCCCAAGCAUUGACCAUGUAAGCGGGAAUGCGGGGAAAACCGCAAGUGUGCCACUGCAGCAGCUUCCCAGGCCAUCAUGUGGUGGUCAGGGUAAUGUUAGUGGGAAGCAAAAAAGAUCAACAAAUGCUGCAGGAAAGGAAAACAUGGAUCACCCCUGCAGUCAUACUCGACCAGUCUUUUGCCCUUCACCCCAGGGAAAGAACACCAAAGAACAUUAUUGUUUGCCAUGUGCUACAGAGAACCUUGUGUCUUACAUUGCAGACUCUGAUGAUGACACCAUCAUUGAUGCGGACCAAUUGUCAUCAGUGUCUCAAGUGAGGGCACCAAGUCCAAUUGGUGAAAGUAUCAAUCCACAUUGCACUGAACCCUGCGCAUCACAGUUCCAGCCUCCACCAGCCCAGGCUCUUACUUCCACCCCCAAGGUUCUGCGCAGCGCUAGAUGGGUUCGGAAACCUCAGCCAUAUAGCCCCUACUGCUUCCUUUUUAGUUGCUUUGAAAGUGGAGAAACACUGGUGAACGGGUGCGAAUUUAUGAGAGUUUUCCCUAAGUUACUUCCAGGACUGUUUUUUCUCAAAUUCAUCACUUAGUUUUGAAUUGUGCA